GAUAUAAGUGGUGUAUAGAAUUAGAAGGAGCGAGAGUCAUACAUCAGAUUACUAACUUAUCUUCACAUCAACCACUGCAUUGCCUUCAAAAUCUCAUCCACGCAUUCUAUAAUCCAUUUCCAACCAAAAUAUCCUACUACCCUCUCCCUGCUUCUCCAUUACUAGCAAGGACCUUCCUUUCUGCUUCAACAUCACAGCCAUGGCCGCUGCAGUUACUGCUGCAGUCUCUUUUCCCUCCUCCAAGUCCACCUCUCUCUCUUCCAGAACCUCUAUCGUAGCUCCAGAUAGAAUCGCCUUUAACAAGGUGUCUGUUUAUUACAAAGAUGUUUCUUCUGGUGGGAGAGUGGUUUCGAUCAGAGCCCAGGUCACUACUGAGGCUCCUGCUAAGGUUAAGAAGGAAUCCAAGAAAAUGGAGGAAGGCGUGGUUGUUAACAAGUUCAAGCCUAAAAACCCUUAUAUUGGUAGAUGCCUUUUGAAUACUAAGAUCACUGGUGACGAUGCUCCUGGAGAAACUUGGCACAUGGUCUUCUCCACUGAGGGAGAGGUUCCCUAUAGAGAAGGGCAAUCUAUUGGCGUUAUUCCAGAUGGUAUUGACAAGAAUGGGAAGCCUCACAAGCUUAGAUUGUAUUCAAUUGCCAGCAGUGCUCUUGGCGACUUUGGGGACUCCAAAACUGUUUCUCUAUGCGUGAAGAGGCUUGUGUACGUGAAUGAAAAUGGAGAAACUGUAAAAGGAGUCUGCUCAAAUUUUUUGUGUGACUUGAAACCAGGAUCUGAAGUGAAGAUUACAGGACCAGUUGGAAAAGAAAUGCUCAUGCCAAAAGAUCCCAAUGCUACAAUCGUUAUGCUUGCAACUGGAACUGGUAUUGCGCCAUUCCGAUCAUUCUUGUGGAAAAUGUUCUUUGAGAAGCAUGAGGAUUAUAAGUUCACUGGUUUGGCAUGGCUCUUCUUGGGGGUGCCCACAAGCAGCUCUUUACUGUACAAGGAGGAAUUCGAGAAAAUGAAGGAGAAGGCCCCUGACAACUUCAGGCUUGACUUUGCGGUGAGCAGAGAGCAAACAAAUGAGAAAGGAGAAAAGAUGUAUAUUCAAACUCGCAUGGCACAAUAUGCAGAAGAGCUAUGGGAGUUACUAAAGAAAGAUAACACCUACGUCUAUAUGUGCGGAUUGAAAGGGAUGGAAAAGGGAAUUGACGACAUAAUGGUGUCACUGGCAGCUAAAGACGGCAUUGAUUGGUUGGAGUACAAGAGGUCAUUGAAGAAAGCAGAACAAUGGAAUGUGGAAGUCUACUAAUUCAUAGGCAGCCAUUACUUGUACAAAAAAAAAACUGCUUUUUUUGAGUGUUUGAAGCAGAGGCAUCCUGUAAUGAUAAGUUUUCUCAUGCAUUCCUUAUUUAAGCAAUAUAUAUAUAUAUAUGAAUGUUAACUUUUCA